CACUGACUGGCGGCACUGUUAGGCGGCACUGACUGGCACUGAUAGGCGGCACUGACUGGCACUGAUAGGCGGCACUGACUGGCACUGAUGGGUGACAUUGAUAGGCAGCUCAGAUGGGCACUGAUAUGUGGCAUUGAUGUGCACUGGUAUGUGGCAUUGAUGUGGCACUGGCACGUGGCACUGAUGAGCACUGACAGGUGGCACUCCUGGGGCCACACUGAUCAUCACUGAUUGGACACUGCUGAUCACACGGUGAAGGGCUGC